GCCUCGGCCAACCAGCGCGCAGGCCGCGCCGGCCGCGUGGCCCCCGGGAAGUGCUUCCGCCUGUACACGGCCUGGGCCUUCCAGCACGAGCUGGAGGAGACGCCCGUGCCCGAGAUCCAGCGCUGCGACCUGGGGUCCCUCGUGCUGCUGCUCAAGAGCCUCGGGAUCAACGACCUGAUUCACUUUGACUUCCUGGACCCCCCUCCCCACGAGACCCUGGUGCUGGCCCUGGAGCAGCUCUAUGCCCUGGGGGCCCUCAACCACCUGGGAGAGCUCACCACGCUGGGGCGCCGCAUGGCCGAGCUGCCCGUGGAGCCCAUGUUGGCCAAGAUGAUCCUGGCGUCCGAGCAGUGUGGCUGCACUGAGGAGGUGCUCACG